CUGACGAAACUGGCAUCCCUUCUUUAGGUCGUUCAAUUUUUCUCAACUAAUCAAUGAGUCUAUUGACUAAAACAAUUAAUAACAAGCCUAUCAUGACUAUGGAAAACAGCUGUAAAAAGAAAAUUCUCAUAUGGAUGACAAUAUUAAUCAUAGCCAUUUUUGUGUACACUAGUCUCGUGCUACGAAUCAAUCAGGAAACCUUCAUGGAUAUAUUUUCAAGCAGAUGGUUUACAGUCACAUACCAACAGCCACAUAAUUUCUCAUAUAUUCAUUUGACAAAUAAUUGUUCUGACUCUGUUCAGAUCCUUGUUGCUGUGUGUUCAGCCCCAAUUAAUUUACUGCAUCGAAAUACCAUACGAGAGACUUGGGGCCAAUAUGCUAGGAACAAUUCAAACUUUAAGAUGGUUUUUUUUGAAGGUGUUAAACAUAGUCCUAAUGUUCAAGAUGACAUUAAUGAAGAAAGUGUAAAAUAUGGUGAUAUUGUACAAGAGAACUAUAUUGAUCAUUAUGAAAACUUGUCUUUAAAGUCAGUUGCUUAUCUGCGUUGGGUGAGUUCUUCAUGUAGAAAAGUAAAAUUUGUGUUGAAAACAGAUGAUGAUAUGUAUAUAAAUCUUCCACUGUUAGAGAAAACACUUAUGAACAUGAAACGUUCUCGGUUUAUCAUGGGUUUAGUUUUUAAACAUGUUGCACCAAUCAGAGAUAGCUCAUCAAAAUGGUACACACCCAAAUCAAAAUAUCCAAAGAAUGAGUUUCCUGAGUAUGUCUCCGGGACUGCUUAUCUAAUUUCAGGUGACAUAGUACCAGAAUUGUAUGCAGAAUCAUUUAAUGAAAAGCUUUUCUGGCUUGAAGAUGUUUAUAUAACAGGAAUGCUUGCGAACCGAGUGAAUGCAACAAGAAUAAACAGUGGCAAAUUUACAAUUUAUAACAAACAACACACUGGCUGUGCCUACAAAAACAUGAUAAGUGGACAUCAUGUGACACCGAGAAAUAUGAAAAUUAUUUAUCAACAAUUACAAAAUGUAACUCUUGUUUGCCAUUAAUUUUCUCUUUUAAAAAUAGCAGUUGAAGCCUGCAGAAAUGAACUUAGUGCCCAGCUUUCUUGAAUAUCAUUGCAUUAUAUUCUGAGUUAACUUUAUAUUCUGGAUGAUUUCUUUCUUUCUUCUGAGCAUAUGGUUGAUAAAAUAAGUAACAGUAAUAUACUGAGGAUCAAUUUCCAGAAGUUUGCUUUGAAGCCACAUUGUUUUGGAUUUAAUCUAACAGUGGAGUAAUUUGGGCAACUAUUUUCGCUCAUUUUCUCUGAAAUAAGCUGCAUUCAAAAUGCCACAGUCAAACACUUCUUACAUGAGAAAUCUCACUAAAAAGUGAGCUGGCAGGAAGCAGGACUGUUUCUCAGAAAAUAUAGAAAAAGAUGGAUAAUAUUUCAAAGGCUCAAAUUAAUUAAUUUUCAAAAUAAUGUCCUUUGAUUACUCACAUUUCUUUCUCUUAAUUUUAGAAUAAUUAUA